GACCCUGUACUCCUCCGUCUGCUCAGAGCUGGCAUCCUGGGGCUUCACGGUGGCAGCGCUGGAGCACAGGGACCAUUCUGCCUCCGCGACGUAUUUCUGCACGACGGAGGCUGGGAGGGAGGAGUGGAUUCCCUACCGACGGGUGCCCCAAGGGCAGAAGGAGUUUUAUUUCCGAAACAAGCAGGUUCAUCAGAGAGCAGAGGAAUGUGUGCGAGCGCUCCGGCUCUUCGAGGACAUCAGCAGCGGUAAAUCUGUCCCGAACAUCCUUCACCAGGACUUUGAUCUGUCUGUGCUGAAGGACAGCGUUGAUCUGACCAAAGUCGCCGUCAUGGGCCAUUCCUUUGGCGGGGUGACAGCAGUGCUGGCCUUGGUGAAGGAGCCUGGCUUCAGGUGCGCAGUGGCUCUCGACGCCUGGAUGUUCCCCCUGGAGAACACGCUGUACCCAGAGGUGCCCAAGCCUGUGCUCUUCAUCAACACCGAGAAGUUCCAGACACCAGAGAGCAUUGCCAAAAUGAAGAGGCUGAGCUCCAGAAACAGCCAGACGAAGAUUAUAACUGUCCUGGGAUCCGUGCACCAGAGCCAGACUGACUUCACCUUUCUCACUGGGAAGCUCAUCAGCCGCAUCUUCGGUGCGAGGGGGACCCUCGACCCCUGCAAGGGUCUGGACAUCACCAGCCGGGCGGCUCUGGCCUUCCUGCAAAGGCAUCUCAACCUGGAAGAGGAGUUCGAUCAAUGGGACAACCUCCUCGAAGGCAUCGGAGAGUCAGUCGUUCCAGAAGCACCGUUCUGCCACUCCAACCUGUAG